AUUAGCGCGACUCGGUCUCAGAUGGGCGUGGAGGAGCAGAUCCACUAAAGCAGGGAUUCAGCACUCCUUUUCACACGGAGAAAUUUCCAGGGAUGCCGAGGUGAGUGAGACACGAGCGCGACGAUAGCGUGUGUUUAAAGCCCGACUGGACUUCGACGCGACACUACUGCAGAGUGUCGUUGUCAUACGCGUGAUUUGUUGCGGUCUGCCCGUCAUCUCUGCCGCGUUAAACACCGCCGGUGAUCUUUCUCCAUCAUCAAACCCAGCGCGCGACACCGGAGGUUUCACCGUACAGCACCAGCACAUAUAUGACAUCACUGAUGUUUGGAGAAAUGCGUCAGUGCUGCAGCGUGUGAUUGAUUUAAAUCAUGGAGCCCAAACUCGACUGCUGCGCUUCAUCAGUGCCUAACUCCCAGAGUGAGCUGAAGCUCAAUAUCUACGAGACCAUCAGCGAGGGCAAUGUGAAUAAGCUAGAGAGCUCUGCGCUGGUGCGUGCGGGCAGUGACCCCAGCUCCUACCUGACAUCCAAACACCCGCCCGGCGCCCGGCAGAGGUUCAUCCGCAGGAGCCUGUGGUUCACGGACAAUGACGAGCACCAGCUGGACGACUGCGCUCUGGAGAGUGAGGAGCAGAAUAAGAUGCUCAGCAUCAACCUGCGCACCAUAGUGGACCGAACUCUGGCCGUCCGGUCCGGUUUACAGGAAGGAUCUAGCACGGAGAGCCAGAAGGGUCAGAAAGACCUUGACAGCACCAGCGCAGACGAGGAGAAGGAGAGAACAGACUCCAAAACGGACUCAACGGAUGGCGUUAAGACGAACAUUAAGGCGGCCAGUGAGGAGAACGAGGAGGAGGCUGAGAUGAAGGCCGUCUCCACCUCUCCGGGCGGACGCUUCCUGAAGUUUGACAUCGAGAUCGGCCGCGGGUCCUUCAAGACUGUCUACAAGGGCCUGGACACGGACACCUGGGUGGAGGUGGCCUGGUGUGAGCUUCAGGACCGUAAGCUGUCGAAGGUGGAGCGGCAGCGCUUUAAAGAGGAGGCCGAGAUGUUGAAGGGUCUUCAGCACCCAAACAUAGUGCGCUUCUAUGAUUUCUGGGAGUCGCCACUGAAGGGGAAGAAAUGCAUUGUGUUGGUCACAGAGCUCAUGACGUCAGGAACACUGAAAACGUAUUUGAAACGCUUUAAGGUGAUGAAACCCAAAGUUUUGCGCAGCUGGUGCCGUCAGAUUCUCAAAGGUCUGCAUUUCCUGCACACGCGCACUCCUCCCAUCAUCCACCGGGACCUGAAGUGUGAUAACAUCUUCAUCACGGGCCCCACGGGCAGCGUCAAGAUCGGGGAUCUGGGUCUGGCUACGCUCAAAAGAACCUCCUUUGCUAAGAGUGUGAUUGGUACGCCGGAGUUCAUGGCCCCAGAGAUGUACGAGGAGCAUUACGACGAGUCCGUGGAUGUCUACGCGUUUGGCAUGUGCAUGUUGGAGAUGGCCACAUCUGAAUACCCGUAUUCAGAGUGUCAGAAUGCUGCUCAGAUCUACCGCAAAGUCACCAGUGGAGUGAAGCCUGCCAGUUAUAAUAAGGUGAUGGAUCCUGAGGUGAAAGAGAUCAUUGGCGAGUGCAUCUGUCAGAAUAAAGAGGAGCGGUACUCCAUCAAGGACCUGCUGAAUCAUGCCUUCUUCGCCGAGGACACGGGUGUGAGGGUGGAGCUGGCGGAGGAAGACGACGGGAUGAAGACGUCCAUCGCGCUGAAGCUGUGGGUGGAGGAUCCUCGCAGGCUGAAGGGCAAGUACAGGGACGGAGGCGCCAUUGAGUUCACCUUUGACCUGGAGAAGGAGGUUCCUGAAGCCGUGGCGCAGGAGAUGGUUGAGUCUGGUUUCUUCCAUGAGAGCGACGCAAAGAUUGUGGGAAAGUCUAUCCGUGACCGUGUGGCUCUGAUCAAAUGGCGUAGGGAGCGGACGGUGCCGAGGGCCUCGCAGGGUGCUGCUGCCCCGUCCGUGCCAGCCGGGACAGUUCCCAUCUUCUGCGAACCACCCUGUCUGGUGGAGCCCGAAGAGCCAGAGGUGGACCAGCAAGUGUGCCCACUUAGUGCCAGGACCACAUCCACCACAUCUGACAGUGGCAUCGGUUCAACCGUGUACUCCGACUCUCACGGCAGCGGUCUGCACAGUGUCAUAUACCAGUCAUUACAGGACUCUGUCUCCACCGCAACCCAAGAGGGUGCGCGUCAUGCAAGCUCCUCUGUUAAUGACUUAAGCCAUGAGCAUCUCCGACCCACAAGUCCUUCCUUCCUUCAAAUACCACCAGACCAAUCAGAGUUGACGGAAAGAGGAUUUAAAAGUUCUUGCUCUAAGAAUUUGUUGUUUGUACCUUCAACUGCUACGACUCGCCGCUAUAGCGACACAUCAGUGGAGCCAUCCUCUGAGACAAAGGGGGAGGAGUCUGUCUCAGCGGUGAGACAGCGUCGCCUUUCUUUAAACCACGCCACUCAUCGGCCACCGUCCCCUUGUCAGGCCUGCUGCCUGUCACUAUUCCUACUUGGGACUUGUGCAGAUGGAAGACAUUCACCUUAUUCUUCACUUAUGCUUCCUGCCACAGGGGCUCGCAGGGGCUCUGUCAAUGAGACCUCUGACCUCUCCCAGCUCAACAAAUCUCUGCAGAGCAUCACAGGCCACAAUCUUCAGCCUGCUCCUGCCUUUCUAAGAGCCCCACUGACCAAGCCAGAAAGAGGGUCCUGUCGGCCUACUCGCAGUUACAGCGAUGAGGGGCAGGCCACGGAGCCAUCUGGCAAUGAAGUGGCAUCACGUCGCAGAGCGAGUUCUUGUGUUGGCGAACACUCUCGGGCUCAUGUGUCUGCCAUUUUGAGAGUCCAAAGUCAGGCGGCACCUUCCACAGCUCAACACGUGCAGCCUUACCCUCUUGCGUCCUCCGAGACCCCGGCACAGCCCACUGGACAGGUUCUGUCCACUCCCCAGCCGCUGGCACUUCUGCAAGGCAUAUUGGUGGCGCCACAAGCCAUGAAUCCAUCGACAGGUCAGACUGCAGAGUCAAACGCACAGACCCAUGUGCACCAACCUGCAGGGUUGCACCAGCCUGCCAUAGCUCCAAGUUACCAUCCUGCUGCAGCAGAGCUAGCCAAUGCACAAACAUUUCCACCUGUAGUCACAGCUAUCCCAUCUAAAACAGAAGCAGCGCUGCCUGCAGAUCAGAGUUUUCAGAGUGGAGCCUCUGGAGUCUCAUCAGCACUUGCACAGCCUCAACAAACACCUGCGUUACACCAUUUGCAGCAAACACCUGCGAUCGCCACAACAGAUGGGCAACUCCACGACUUCUCAAAUGUGCAGCAAUCUACUCCUGUGCAUCUGAACCAGGCAGGCCCUGCACCAUCUUUCCAACAGCUCACCAUUCAGACACAACUAAUGGACAGCUGGCAGCAAGGAGGACAAUCCACCUCCAGUGUCCUGACACAACCUGCACCCCCUCCACAGGCGGCAGCUUACCUCUCACAGGCAUCCUUGGCCAGCCAAUGCCAAACCGUUCAUGUGGACCAGAACUUGUCCAGCACCCAUAAUGCACCUCUGCCUCCCACAAUCCCGCAGCUCUCGACUUUUAGACCCAUCCUCGACACGUUCAGCUCUGCUGUGCCUGUGGACCAAAACCAGGUUCCUCAGCACAUGAGCCAAGCGUCUUUACCCACCGUUCCCAGUGCAGGAGCCAGUGCCAGCAGUGCAUGUGGAUCAGCUCCUCCGGGUCCCGCUGAAGUGUUAACUGAGGAUCAUGUUGCUGAUAAACAGGCAGCACCGGCUGGAUCCGCUUAUGACAGUAUAAACUCAGACGUCACGUCCGGUAAAGAGAUGAGCGAUGGGAACGAGGGCUCCAACCGAGCUCGCAGUGAAUCACGAGUCCGAAAGAACCUUCGCAAAUCAUCGCGCACGCGCUCCCGACAAGACAAGAUGAACAGACCCAAACUCACCAUGAUCAAAGUGUGUGACACAGGAGACAAGAUGGUGGAGUGCCAACUGGAGACUCAUAACCAUAAGAUGGUGACGUUUAAAUUCGACCUUGAUGGAGAUGCUCCAGAGGAGAUUGCCACGUAUAUGGUGGAGAAUGAGUUCAUUCUGUUGCUGGAGCGGGAGAUGUUCAUCGAGCAGCUGAAGGAAAUCAUGGAUAAAGCCGAGGACAUUCUGAGCGAGGACGCUGAGGGUGAGAAGGCCAACGUCCAGACCUCACCCCUCCGUCAGACGCCCGUCACCGCAGACGCCAGCACACAGAGGUCAAAACCUGAGGACACGCAGUCUGACCAGCUAGUCUACAAACAGAACGUGCUUCACACCGGAAAGCGCUGGUUCAUCAUCUGUCCUGUGGCUGAGACGGCCGCGCCUGACAGAGAAGAGACGAACCCAGAGAGUUCCUCUACGUCUCAAGCGCAGGAUGUCAGCAGUGCCAAACCUCUGCAGAAACAGCCAUCAAUGCCACAAGCGUCUCUCUCUGAGAGCUCUCAGCCCGCCCGUCCGCCGGGUGUUUCUAUGGUUUCUGAUAUCCCAUGCUGCCCAAUUGCGCCUCCUGCUUCUCUCGAUGUCACCGCUCAGAAAGCCGACGAAUCCCCUCAGCAGCCCGUGGGUCAUGACAGCAGCCCGAGCGCAGAGCCGCCCCUCAGCCAGACGGCAGCCGUGGUGCUGCAGCAGCCCUUUGCCACGCCCACUCCACAAGCUGCUGUCAGCAGCAGCCAGUCACAGCCUCAGAGCCCCACCCAUCAGCCGCAGCACGCCACAGCGGCGCAGGUGCAGCCGGCCGAGUCUGACGGCGAGGGGCCGCCCCGGCUGGAGUUCGCUGACAGAACAAUAAAGACUCUGGAUGAGAAACUCCGAAACCUUUUGUACCAGGAGUACCACCCCUCGCAAACCACGAGCUCCGCCUCCGAGCCGCCCGGGUCACCGCCGCUGUCAGACAGCCAGGGCAGCGAUGGGGCCGUGAGGAAAGCUGAGAAACUGCCUCAGAUUCCAGAGAGGUCUGACAGUCUCGGGACCUUGAGUGACUCUGCUGUUGCCCCCUUCAAAAGACUCCUGAGCAGGUCAGACUCCGGCGCCGGUUCAGGCACACACGCGUCCAAGAGCCACUUCCAGACGGUGCCGACUGAUUCAGACGCGUCUUCUCAUGAUGGCGGAGGAGAUGAUGUGAUGGAUCUGGAAUCUGAGAACAGACACAGGUCAAAGUCAGCGAGCAAGCGUUACUCGGCCCCUCCGGACUUAUAUCAGGACACAUCUACUUCCUUUCCAGAGGCCAAACCCACAAUGCCUUGUGCUCAGAGCUCUCUGUCAGCUGACGGGACGAUGCAGUGCCUGUCCUCAGACACGGGAGAGGAGGAUCCGAGCGAGGCUCCGUCCGUCAAGCCCUCGUCUCCAGCUCCGGCCCCAUCAGACUUCAUGAAGCGGGCGGUGGCUUUCCUCCGGCGCUCGGGUCACAGCAGCAGUGUGCAGAGCUCCGAUUCGCCCACGUGUCCUGUGGUGAACGGACACGCCCCGUCGGUCACCAGCCACGCCCACUCUGCUUACGUCAGCAGUGAUAAUGACUCUGAAUUUGAGGACGCUGACAUGAAACGAGAGCUACAGAAGCUGAGAGAGAAGCACAUGAAGGAGAUCUCCGAGCUUCAGGCCCUUCAGAGAGGAGAGAUCGAGCAGCUGUAUUCUCGGUUAGGUCGGCCUGUUCCACCCAGCGUGGGCUUCCUGCAUGCAGUGCCGCCUUCAGGCCGCCGCCGCAGAGCCUCCAAACACAAGCUGAAGGGAAGCCGACUGCUCAAUCCCAUGGUGCAACAGCUUAGGAGCAACCGAAGCAACAGCUCUACUGAGACGGGCUCCAGUGCGUCGGGGUCUCCGGUCAAGAGCUCGGUUCUGAGCAACAGCUCUGUGGGUUCCAGCACUGCCAGUCCCAUGUCAGAACCGCUGGAGCCGGUCCAAACUCAGCAGCCCUGCUCGCUCAAGGGCUCUCUGUCCUCUGACAACAUCUAUGGCCCUACCACACACACACCAUCCAGACAAGGCUGGACCGUUUACCACCAAACAUCCGAGCGAAUCACCUAUAAAUCUAGUAGCAAACCGCGCACUAGAUUCCUCAGUGGACCCGUGUCUAUGUCCAUCUGGUCCACUCUGAAACGACUAUGUCUAGGGAAAGAGCGCAGCAGUAGGUCUCAUAAUCCUGGUGCUUCAUCAUCAUCAUCCGCGGCCAUGCCGGCUUCAUCGCCCCGGCCAAUCACGGCGCUCGUUCAGGCUCAAGCCAACAACAGCAACAAUAAGACUGGCACAUUCACAGAUGACCUACACAAGCUGGUUGAUGAUUGGGCGAAAGAGACUCUUGCCUCUGCCCCUCAGCCCCGCCCCUCUGUGUGUCAGACAAGACCACAGAGAUCUCAUCACACCUUCCAGACCAGCCACACUCCAAUGGCCAGAGUUCACAAUCAGAUAAGAGGCUCAAUCCCUCCGGCGGCUGUGAAGCUCCAUCUACCCCUGUCCUGUCCGCUGUCAGCCGCUCUGGGUCCCAUCAUGCCUCACGGCAUCACCAGCACCCCGUCGCCCGUACUCCAGCGGGGCGGAUACCUGAUGCCCACCACCCCCUUCGCUGGGAUGAUGCCCACCCCUGUGUAUCCACACCAGUGGUCCGGUUUGCCCAGUCCAGUAGGCAUGUUUGGCACGGCCGCGAUGGUCCCGUAUCCGACCAUGGCCAGCCCGAUGCUGCAGACAUUUCCUCUGGUGGUCAAAAGCCCAGACUCCCCGAUGUGCCCUAGCAAAGCCAGGACUGCAUGAGAGUGCCGCCCUGUGCUUCAAACACUGUUUUGUGUAAGGCUAAUCAAUGCAGAUGGAUAAUCACACAAACGUUUUCUCCUGGACGAGUUCCUGCAACAUGUUUUUAACUCGGCUUCAGGAUCAAACCACAAUCUCUCCUCGAUGUCUGUGUGCUUUAGAUCGCUGUUGUACCGUACACGCGUCUGAGCCUGUAAAUAUGAGGUGUGAGUUUGUGUGUGUGUGAAUUUGGGCAUGAGUGUUUGUCUCAGAUCAGUCCUGUGGGCACCGCUUGCACGUUUGUUUGUUUCGACGUCUGAAUUGAAUCUGAUUUGAGGUGUGUUAGUGUUAAGAGAGUAAUGGCCUUCAAUUCCACUGCCAUAAAGAAUCGUUUUGCUGAUUGACUAACUUAGGGACGCAUGAACAGGCAUAUUGGGCCUAAUUAUUGAAACACGAGCAGAAUAAAUGUAGUCGUUCUUACCUAAAUGGAAAUUGAAUUCUGCUCGUGUUUUAUGAAAGAGUCCCAGUGCUCAGCAUUGAUUAUGGUCAGAAAUAUCAGUCCUGCUUUCCAAUAAUACUCUGUUUAAAAUGCAUUUGCAGCACUUUUGAGUGUCUUUCAUUGGCCAAAUCCCCACAUUAAAAAACACAAUUCAGGAUGAUGUAGUGCCUUGAUCGGUCACCAGUUUUCCCUCGAAAGGUAUGAAUCCGUUCUAAAGAAGAAGAAAAAACAUUCCUCUUCUGUUCCUAAUGCAAUAGUGUGGUUUAUUAUUUUCAGAAUCCUUUUUUGCAGCCCCCUUUCAGUUAAAGCGAGUUUGCAUUCAAUAAACGUAAUCAUUUGAAUUGUAACUAGUAGUUAGUUUGCGCAGAUUGAUGAAUGAAUGCGGUUGAUCUGAUUGGUUAUAGUCGAUUCAUAAGCAAUACUGCACUAAGCACAGUCUCAAACGGAUUUGAGGAACGACUGGUUUACAUUGCGAUGAUCUGAUGAACGAUGCAUGCCAUCAAAGCGUCGCGGAAACCUAAAUGUGCAUUUAUGUGCUCAAAGUGCGUAACGCAGGGACUGAAUGCAGGUUUGACUUUGAAUCAGUGUGUCAGAUUGACAUAGCAUGCGAUUUAACCUCCCUGUUACGUGCUGCAUCACCCCAACCCAUAAUGUGAACGCUAGCCAUUGUUGAAAAACUACUUUACGUUUGACUAUUUUACCAAAUGCAUCAUUUUAUUUGCUUUGUGUAGUGGCUGAGUUUAUUCCUUCUUGCACAGUGUUAAUGAUGAGUUUUAAUUUCUUUUAAGAGGGCAGUGCAAUUGUUAGUUGUAACUCAUAUUUAUUGUUGUUUUUCAUAAAAGUUUGAGUUCUAGCUCACACAAAUACACUUGCAUCCAAAAUCUACAUCCAAACAUAAACUCUGGUUUUAUUUGUAUGUUUGUAUGAUUUAAUCUUUCCGUUCUGUCGUUUAACUUUAGUCAGGGUUAUAUUUCUUCUUGAUUUCACCCUGACUCACACAACUGCCAAGCUGUGAACUGUACAGUCCUCUAGUAUUUAUUUUCUCAGUUUGUUCUGAUGCAGCUUCUGUCCUGUAAUGUGUUUUUCCAUCCGUUCAGUUGGAUUUGUACAGGAUGUUAAUCAAUGAUCUGCUGCAGGAGAAACAUUUCCGGGAUGUUUCUGAUAUUCUGUUCUUGUUGAUAAUAUAUCUGGCAAUAAUUACUCCACUUUGCCAUGUUUGUGACUCACUGAUCUGAUGUGGAUUUCAUUGGUUAUGGACUGUGAAUGAUUGAUUCACCUAGUUUGCGUUACUUUGCUCCGCUCAGAUCCAAACAAAAUGCACUCACAACACAAAGACUGUGUUCAAGUUUAAUUAAGAAUAAAUAAAUAUUUUGUGCUUAAUA